AUGGCCCUGCGCUGGCUCUUCAGCGCCGCCAUCUUCUCGUACCUCCUCUCAGCUGAACGCAUUGCCGACCAACUGCUGCGCGACGAAGCCGACAGCUUCCUGAAUCGACGUCACGGAGCCAGGGUGUCUGAGCAGGAGAAGCGAAGCAAAGCACCGCUUGCUGCUCGUGGAGUACAGGAGACGCCAAAUGGGACCCGAACGGAUGUCAAGGUUGGCCUUCCAAAGUGUUCAGACGGCAUCCUCAAGCUCGACGGAGUCUACGAGGUGAAGGAGGUGGUCCUCAUUGAGGAGCCUUCGUGCCAGGUCGUGGGGAGUGCCGAGCUGCUCCUCUCGGCGCCCGUGCGCUUCCAGGGCAGCGUGGUCUUCGCAGGGCAGCUAAACGUAAAGGCCGGCGAGGGCGGCAAGAUAAACGGCCCCUGCAUUGCCGUCAAGAGCAACUUUACGUUGCUUCCAGAAGCACGCCUCAGCCUUCAGGGCUGCGAGAAUCAGGCUUUGGGGAUGGCAGGAUACGGAGGCUGCCUCCGGGUGGGUGGUGACGCCAAACUUCUGGGCGGCCAGUUGCUUCUCCGUGAAUGCAAAGCAGAAGCUGGAGCCACUUACGGAGGCGGCAUCUAUGUCGGAGGCACGCUGCAAAUUCGAAACGCGACUAUCGAUGCAGAAGCAUGUCUUGCAGCAGUUGGAGGCGCCAUCUAUGCAGGGCGACACGUGAACGUCUCCGGUGGCAACGUGACCACCAAGGAGUCUACAGCUAAGGAGAACGGAGGCGCCGUCGCUGCAGGCAGCGUGGCCAUCUCCGGUGGCAGCGUGACCAUCACGGAGUCUACGGCUACUUCGGAUGGAGGUGCCAUUGCUGCCGACAGAAUGACCAUCUCUGGUGGCAACGUGAUCAUCAAGAUUUGUACGGCUUAUGGGAAGGGAGGCGCCAUCUACGCACGGCAACACAUGAACUUCUCCGGUGGGAACGUGACCCUCAACAAGUCUUUGGCUUGGAAAAAUGGAGGCGCCAUCUAUACACGGCAAUACAACGUCUCCGGUGGCAAUGUGACCAUCAAGGAGUCUACGACUAAACAUGGGAGUGGAGGCGCCAUCGCUGCAAACAGCGUGGCCUUUUCCGGCGGCAACGUGAUCAUCAAGGAGUCUACGGCUGGUCUGAAUGGAGGCGCCAUCUCUGUGGACAGCAUGGCCAUCUCCGGUGGCAAGAAUGGAGGCGCCAUCUCUGUGGACAGCAUGGCCAUCUCCGGUGGCAACGUGACCAUCAAGGAGUCUAGAGCUAAGGAGAAUGGAGGCGCCAUCUUUGCACGGCAACACAUGAACGUCUUCGGUGGCAACGUGACCAUCAAGGAGUCUACGGCUAGAGAUGGGCAUGGAGGCGCCAUCUAUGCAGAGAGCAUGGCCUUCUCCAGCGGCAGCAUGACCAUCAAGGAGUCUAUGGCUGGUCUGGAUGGAGGCGCCAUCUAUACACAGCAACACAUGAACGUCUUCGGUGGCAACGUGACCAUCAAGGAGUCUUCGGCUAGAGAUGGGCAUGGAGGCGCCAUCUAUGCAGAGAGCAUGGCCUUCUCCAGCGGCAGCAUGACCAUCAAGGAGUCUGCGGCUGACUUUAAUGGAGGCGCCAUCGCUGCAGGCAGCAUGGCCAUCUCCGCUGGCAACAUGACCAUCAUGGAGUCCACGGCGAGAGAUGGGCAUGGAGGCGCUAUCUAUGCACCGCAACACAUGAACGUCUCCGGCGGCAACGUGAACAUCAAGGAGUCUACGGCUUGGAAGUUGGCAGGCGCCAUCUAUGCAGGCAGCAUGGCCAUCUCCGGUGGCAACGUGACCAUCCAGAAGUCUACGGCGAAAGAGAGCCAUGGAGGCGCCAUCUAUGCAGGCAGCAUGGCCAUCUCCGGUGGCAACGUGACCAUCCAGAAGUCUACGGCGAAAGAGAGCAUCCAGAAGUCUACGGCGAAAGGAGGCGCCAUCUAUGCAAAGCAACACAUGAACGUCUCGGGCGGCAACGUGAACAUCAAGGAGUCUACGGCUGAGGGUGAUGGAGGCGCAAUCAAAGCAGAAAGCAUGGCCAUCUCCGCUGGCAACGUGACCAUCACGAAGUCUAUGAAUAGAGAUGGGAGUGGAGGCGCCAUCUAUGCACAGCAACACAUGAACGUCUCCGGCGGCAACGUGACCAUCAAGGGGUCUACGGCUAAGUGGAAUGGAGGCGCCAUCAAAGCAGACAGCAUGGCCAUCUCCGGGGGCAACGUGACCAUCAAGGAGUCAACGGCCAAGUUGAAUGGAGGCGCCCUCUCUGCAGACAGCAUUGCCAUCUCCGGUGGCAACGUGACCAUCAAGGAGUCUAUGGCCAAGUUGAAUGGAGGCUGCAUCUACACUAACCGUACGUUCGAGCAGUCCAACGGCGCCGUGAGCCUUCAGGGCUGCAGAGCCACGCGCAGAGGAGGUGGCAUGUUCUCGCGGCACAACAUCACGAUUGAGGAUACGGCCAUGCUGACAAUCCGCGACUCCCAGUCAGAUAGAGGCGGAGGCAUCUUCGCAAGCAGGGUCAGCAACAAGGUCCAGCAACUGCAUGUGUCCUCCUGCUCAGCCACGAGCCACGGCGGCUGCUUCUAUGUCAAAGAAGGGGCCGAGUUCACUACCCCGCUCCUCCUGAGGGGUUGCAAAGCCAAAGGUGCUGGCGGCGCCAUUUACUUGCAACAAGGAAGUCUCGUGGGAAAGCAGAUCAUCUGCAGCCAGUGCCAUUCCCCGACUUCAGGGUGCUUGCACCUCGAAGAUGGUCAGGCAAGCAUCGGGAGCCUGCUGCUUGACAGCGGCUCCAGGCUCGUUCCAGAGUCUACCAACAUUGUUGCUGCUGGCGACGAUGCGAACGUCACGCUCGGCAGGGCGGACUGCCGCAAAGUGCCCGGCUGCACUUUUGCUGUUGCGCAGAUGCAGCUGGCACGACUCCUGUGUCAGCGAGGAGAGAGCCGGCAAUUCUUGCCAGACGGCGAUGGCACGGCGUGCAAGGAAUGUCCAACGGGUAACAUCCGCCUCGUUGCAGUAGACGAGGAGGAUGCCCGCUGCACACCGUGCCCCAACAUGGGAAAUGUCACCAUUCUCUGCACAUCCACGGAGCUUCGUCUACCGCCCGGCUACAUGGUGGACUUCGAUCGCACCGUGGCCACCAAUCUCUCCGCCUGGUAUCGGUGCCCCAACGAGAUGGGCUGCCGCGGCGGCCACUUCAAUGCCAGCAGCGUCCCUGGCGAGCGUGCGCAGGAGCUGGUUCCCAUGUGUGAAGAAGGCUACCGUGGCCCCGGGUGCACGAGCUGCGCUGAAGGCCACGCACGUGCAGAUGCCGACAUUCUGCGGUGCAUCCCCUGUGCCAAUUGGACCACCUCACCCAAGCAGGUGGUGUGGUAUGUCAGCUUCUUUCUCUCAAAGAACCUGGCCCUCUUGGUUUCGGCGGUGGGCAGCGUGGAGGGCAGCGGAAACAAGAGAGCUGCCAGCGCCACGCUGCUGAAUCAGGCAAUGUCCUUCGCGGCCGUAGCCGCUGUGACGAUGUCCGGCGCCAUGCAGACGGACACUUUCAAGCACGAUCUCAACAACGCAGCGCAGGUGGCCCUACAACUCUUGGCACUACCGGCGUCCGUCGCCCAAGGGCAAGGCUCCAGCGACGCCGGCAGCGGCAGCAUGUCAGGCCAGUGCCUGCUUCAGCUGCUCUACACGGACGACAGCAUCCACAACGUCCACAUGCUCAUGUCCCUCUGGCCUGCCUUGCUUGUAGCAGGCCUUGCGGUGGUCAAGGGCGGCUGGCUUGCGGCCGUGGUUGGAAGCAACGUCUUCCUGCCAGCCUUCAUCGCCGGCUUCGGGAAGUACCUCGUGGCCUUCCGGCUGCGGCCCGAGUCAGAGAACGAGGCGCUGCGUUUGGACUUCCUUCCCCCGGGGCCGCAGAUGAGCUCCCACGUGCCACUGCGCAUCGCAGCAGUUCUGGGUGCCAUCCUGGCCUUCUCGGCGCUGAGCGUGUGCAGCUGGAUCUACGCCGUCAGAACCCGAUCGUCGGAGAAGACACAGCCGCACGUCGCUUAUCUGAUCCAGGCCUACCGACCGGAGUGCGCCAUUUGGGAGGUGGAGCGGCUGAUUCGUAAGGUGGUCCUUGCGCUGAUCGCCACCGUCCUGCCGGUCACUUUGUCGCCCGCGCUUCAGAUGGAAGCCGUGACUUUGGUUCUGAUCGCGUCCCUGGUGGCACAUCUGUACUUCUGGCCAUACCAGGCAGAUGACUGGAAUCGCGCAGAGAUCGGGCUCCUGAUCGUGAGCCUGACCAUCACGGGCAUGACCACCUGCCUCAUCGCCAACGACCUGCACUGGGCGAAGUCCACCUUGACGCAACGCGUCCUGGUCUUCCUGAUUUGCUCCAUUGCCGGAGGGAUCUGUGUGGUCAUGAUGGUGGCCUUCUCCUUGGCCUACAUGGCGGAGCGGCGCCAGAGGGCCGAGGCCAAGAAGGCGGAGGAAGCGUCAGCCGCCAGGCUGGGUCUGCAGCAAGACCAAGAUUGA